UAAUGCAUGCAAUAGAAAAUUAUUUUGGCUGAGUAAAUUUUAAACCCCUCCCUACCAUUUACACAUUAUUCCACGAUAAACCUGCACCGACGUGUUUCAGCCGUCAAUUCUUGCCCGAGCUGCAUUCCGCCCCACCCCUUGACGCAAAUCUCAUCAUCACUACCAGCGUACCUAAAUCAGGAAGCGUCGACACGCACCGUUUCAUUUUCCACCUUGCAUUUCCGUACACGUUUUAAUGAGAACAGCGUCAAGGGAAAGAGGUAAACUGUUGACAUUUUCCAUGUUGACAAAUACCAAGGAUCACUGACAGGACUGACGGCGGGGCUGAACUGUGGAUGCAGUUGACGGUCGACCCGGAGAGAGGCCUCUGUCAUCAGCAUGGGUCAGCGUCUAGCAAAAAGGGAGUCACCAGCAGACGACAACAAGGCCUUAUCACCUGAGACCAAAGAUGAGAGAGGAUCACCAUCAGCAACCAUAGCAGCUGAAGAGCCUGAACAACAGGAUGAAGUCUUUGGAACGGGUGAGACAGAUGCGAACCAGAACAAUGGCAGCAUCUUGGAGAAGCCGGCGGUGACUGACUCCACAGGCGCUGAGGGCCCUCAUUCAGCCUGGACCUCCGCCAGCACAGCUGACCCUGAUGCCGCCACGCCUCGCCCCCACCUGGCCCGCCUCUUCUCCCGAGAUGCCCCGGGCCGAGAGGACAACACCUUCAAAGACCGACCCUCCGAAUCGGACGAGCUGCAGACUAUCCAGGAACACAGCGGAGCGGCUUCAGAGUGCGGGUCGGAGAGCCCCGAGCAGGACCUAGACUAG